AUGCGUCUUAGAGCAAUUUCUGAGAAUAAGAAGCCUGCUGGAAUGAGAAAUAUGGGAAGAGAUCUAUCAACUAUGAAAGAAAUGAUUGCUUUUUGGGGAAAGAAAGAAGAACCAGUUAAAUUACCUCCAAUCAAUAUUAUAGAGAGAUCAGACUUUUAUGAACAAAGACCAUUUGAAAUUAAGUUUAAAAUCUAUCAGAAUUGUUUUGCAUAUAAUAAUCUUAUUCAUAAAGAAUUUGAACUAUUGUAUAUUACAACACCUGAUCAAAUGAAUGAUUCAUUUAUAGAAAUUGAGUAUAAAAUUUUAGUAUCAGAUUGUUAUUUUGGCAGACCUACUUUUACAAACACAGAAUUCAGUACCUAAAUUCAAUAUUAUGCUGGCUAAAUUGAUAAAACAAGUAAUUUAUAAUGUAUAUCAAGUUAGUUGCAUGUAUUAAAUUGAAAACAUGCCUGAACAUUUAUUGAGUUCUUCAAAAAGUAUCAGAUCAAUGUUCUAUCAUUAUUAUUUUAGUUCAAAACAUGAUAAUUUACCAUUUAUAUAAGUUCUUAAGACUCCUAUUGUUUUUAGAGAAAAAAAAACUAUGAGAUUUAGAACUCUUAACACAUCAAUAUCUGAAUUAUCAUAAAAUGGGCUUUUAACAUUAGUAUACAUUACAGAGUAAUAUAUACCUUUUUAAAAUAUUUACUCUAAAAAAUUAGAAAUGGGUAAAUUUUCUUAUGAUCAAAAACUCCAUUUUGCUCUUAAAAUAAUGUAGCUUGUAAAUUCAAUUGAAAGAUUAGGAAUAGCUAUUCUAGAAUUAAACAUGGAAUCAAUAUUAAUAACUAAAGGAGGAUAAUUCAAAAUUUCAACAACAAAUUUGAUACCCUUUUUAUAAAUUGCUGCUUAUAAAGAAGUCUGGUCAAUGUAUGAUGAUUAUGAAAAAGUUUAUACACAUUUAUCAUUACAUAAGAAUAUCAAACCACCAGAAAUAAAAAGAAGAGAACCCAUUAAAGAUUUUAGAGCAGUAACACGUUAUAACAUAGGUUUAAUACUCUUAUAGCUCUAUUUUGAUAUUCCAAAUAUUCAAUAUGUAGAUGAAUAAAAAAUGCAAGGUUUAUUAUUUUAACUCAUUCCAAAAAAAAGAUCUGGAAUCAAUGAUGAUUAAAUUGAUAAAUCAAAUAAAUCAAUUAAUUUUGAAUAAAACAAUCCUUUAAGUGCUUUAAUAUUAAGAUUUUUAUCAAUAGAUCCUAUUAAGCGAUUAGAAUUUUCAUUAAAUCAAUUAAUGCAAACAGAAUAUGAAGUAGAUGAUUAUGAUUUUACUGAAGAUAUGCAGCAUUUCUUUUCAAAUUAAAAUGCAUAUUAUAGACCUUAAUCAUAAUCUAGUUAUAAAAGUAAAUAAUCUAAUCAAUUUUAAUAAUAAAAUAGUUUUGUUUCUGGUGAUAACAAUAAUAAUAAUAAUAAUAAUAAUACAUCUUCUUUUGUUAAAUAAUUAUAUUAACCAACAAAUAAUAGUCAAGAUGAUAUGCCUGCAAUAGCAUUAAAAUUACCUGAAUUAACAUAAAGAAGUAGAAAGAAGAUUGGAGCUCCAUCAUAUUAAUCUUAUGUUAGAUCUAAAAAUUUAAUAGCAGAAGUUCAUUUCAAUCUUUAUUUAUAUUAAGCUGCUCUUGAUUAAUGGCAAUAUUUGCUACCAGAUGUAGAAGAAUGUUUUGGUGAAACAUCUCCUGAAUGUGAAUAUAUUUUAGAAAGAAUAUGGGUGUUAUCUUAACAUCUUGGAUAAGAAAGAGUAUUAGAAUAAAUUAGUUAAAAGUAUGUUACAAUAAGAAAGUCAAAUGUAAAAGGAGUUAAAGAAUAAUUAGAAGUUGCUCAUUUACUCUAAGAUUAAGCUAAAGUGAAAGCUCAUACAAGACCUAAUGAAGCUAUUGAUUUAUAUCAUUAAUCUUCAAAAUAAUUCUAAAUGGUUAAAGGUAAGUUUAAUAAUCAUAGUGCUUAUAAUUCAAUGUAAAUUGGUUUAAUUUAUUUAAAACUUAUGAAUAUAGAAAAAGCCAGAAGUAAUUUAGAAUAUGCUGUUUAUAUCUUCACUAAAAUGGAAAAGUCAUCAUUUAUUCCAUUCUUAAUUGCUAUAACAUGGCAAAUUGAUGAUGAAGAGAUUGUCAAAGAACCAGUUAAUAAAAUAAAAUUAUUUUAAUCUCUUUUUUAAUUAGGUUCAUUCUAUUUUAACUUUGAAAGUUAAUAGAAAGCUUAUGGAGUACUUUAAGCUGCUAAAGAUACUAUGGAUGAAUUAAAAUAAGGGGAGCUUUACUCUGAGUAAUUCAUUCUUUAUUCUACUUUAGAUUAAUAAGAUUAUGUAGAACUGAAGUCAUUAAAUUAUACACUGAACUUUCAAGAUGUCUCAUGAGUAAUAAUGAAAUUGAUGAUGCACUUAAAUUAGUUGAAGAAGGAAUUUAAUAAAAUACAGAUCAACUUGAAAUUAAAUCAUUAAUUGAUAUCAAAGUUGAAAUUUUAGUCGCCUAAGGAAAAAUAUCUGAUGGAUUAGCAAGUUAAAUUUUCAAUUAUAUUUAUAGUACUUGGAUUAUGGGCUAGACAAUUUCAAAGAACUAAUAAUUUAACUAUGGAAACUGCUUUUCUACUUAAAGAAGUUGCUGAUUUAGCAUACAAACUUAAAGAUGUACCAUUAUAUUCUAAUUAUUAGUUAAAUGUUGCCUUUAGCUUUUAUUCUGAAUCUUUAGCUAUUUAUUAAAAAGGAAAAGUUAAAGGUUUAAAAUAAAAAAAUGAAAUACAGCAAUACAUCUAAGACAUUGAGGAAAAUCUUUAAUAGAUUUUCUCAAUCUAAAAAAUGUGA